AUGGAGCAAGAAGAGCCAGACGCUCGUCCAGCCACUGGAGUGAGCUGGCGGGACAACAGUGAUGGGCUCCCAGUGGUUGAUCCAGAGAAACAAAUGCUGGGAGAACAAGAACGGGGAGAACAACAAGAUUCGAGCGAUACUCCCGACAGUGGCACGACCCUGGGGCUGCCCAGCGACGGAUUGGAAGAAAAGUCCGACUCAGAGCUCCCAGCGACUGCCGACAGCGAUACGCCGGCCAGAGCAACACGACCUGAACUUCAAGGCAGAGCCACCACAUAUGCCUCAUCCACUCGCACUCUCCCACGCUUGAAGCGCAAAGAGACGAGGAUGAUGCAAAAGGAAGCGCACCCAAUGCAGCAUUUGGGUAUCACGCUUGGACUGCCGGCCAUCUUAAUAUUCGAUAUCAUUGUACCGUGCAUCAUUUACUACACAUGGUACAAUUCCCGCAAACACCGCUGGGAGAGAGAAUGCCGCGAGCAAUUCAACAGCACGCCCCGGGAGUGUCCACUUCCAAAACCAGAAUAUGACGAAAACAUUCUCGGCUACGCCAUCAUCUCCUUCGGUGCCGGUGAGCUUUGGAUUUUGAUUGCACGGGUGUACAGACUCUUUGUCCACACCGAGGACUGCGCUCCUCUAUUGUCGAGGAACAAAUGGGAGCUGGAUGCCACGUCGUGGGUGUACGGGGUCGCCAUGAUCCUGGCCCUGAUCCCCUUCGUCGUCGGCAGCUCCUUGGUCCUACCCCAUCUCUAUCUCUACUCGCCGACCUUCAUCAUGGGAUUUCUGGGCAUCCUGAUGCUCAUCACGGAGAUCCUCCCCAUCAAGAUCCCCAUCGGGAUCAACUCGCAGGCCCGAGGCACGAAGCUGCGCCCAUUCAUUUACUACGCCGCCGAGGAUUUCAUCGCCGUCGACGGCCUUCAGGACCGGGAGUUCCGGGUCCGCUAUAACGACCGUUACGAAAACAACAAAGCCUUCCGCCAAAUGUUUCGCUACUUGACCUGGUGGUGGUUACUGGGCGUGUGCACGUACAUCGGAUGCGUGUCCGCCGUCAUUUGGACCCUGGAGUUCCACUACGCCUUUGGACUGUCGUUGGGGGUUCUUUUCUCAUAUAUCGCCAUAUGGGCGGCUGUAUCGUACGUGUGGGUCAGGCUCGAGAUUGAAAGGGAGCACAAGGCCUUUGAGGAGGGCAAGUUUGACCCUUAG